AUGACAACAAAUGGGCCUUCCGCCUUUGAAACCGUCCUUGCGAACUUUCGAUCGCGACUCACCAAAACAGAGCUGGAUGAGUUCCAGUUCUGCACCUUGGAGGAUGUUCAGCAAACAAUUGUGGACAUACAAGCCAAACAAGAUAAGAAGCGAGAGACGCGGAAUCUAUCGCGAAUCCUCGGAUUUCUGGAGGCAAUGAGUCAGUUUGAGAAAGUGAUCGAGAUAUUUCUGAACACCUCUGAAAUAGUGGCUUUUGUCUGGGGCCCAUUAAAAUUUCUUCUUUUGGUUGCCAAAAAUUGGGCUGAAUCCUUCGAUGUUCUCCUUGAUGCAUACCAGCAGAUUUCAGAGCACCUUCCUCUCCUUGUACAACAUCAGAGUCUUACUGCAGAUGAUCUACAGGGAUAUACUCGAAUUUCACCAACAAGCACUGGACUUUGGAUACUGGACAAGACCGCCAUUACUGCCUGGCAUGACAACCAAUAUUCGUCAGGGUCCCUCGUCUGGAUCAACGGGAUUCCAGGAGCAGGGAAAAGUGUCCUUGCAUCAGUGAUCAUCGAGAAGUCCAAGUCACAGCCGUCAACACUUGUCGCUUAUUUCUACUGCAAGUACGGAGACCCGGAAAGGAACACCUUUAUUGCUGUCUUCCGUGCUUUAAUAUUGCAGUUACUCACCGAAAACAAAGAUUCCGAUAUUUUGCAGAUAGUUUACGAAGCGUCUGUGGAUAGUGGAGAACAAUACCUCGAGUCUAAGUCUGCCUGUGUGAAUCUUCUUACAGACAUCAUUUGUGGCACCUCGAAAAGUAUCAAUAUCCAUAUCAUCAUUGAUGGUCUCGAUGAGUGCGAAAACUCGGAGAGUAAGACAAUCGUCGCAGAAAUAUCCAAGGUUCUAAGGAAAGACGGCCUCUUGCAGCCUGGGAGAACUCGGGCAAUGUUCAUAAGCCAGCCUGACACUUCGAUUCGCAACUCACUGCACACAGCAACCAUAGUGCGCCUGACGGAGUCUGAUAGUCAAGGUGACAUUGCUGAGUAUACCCGAUACUGGUGUUUGGAAAUCCAGAGCAAAUUUAGGCUCAGCGAGGAGAAGCGCGACUUGAUACGGAAUCUAGUAUGCGAGGGGAUGUUUCUGUUUGCCAAACUAGUUCUCCAGAACCUUUUGUCACAAGUUUCUCGUGCAGCGUUGUACGAAACGCUUCUCCCACAGCGCUUUCCUCGGGGACUCAACCAAGCAUACGGCAGGAUAGUAGAGCGAAUUGAGAAGAACCAGAAUCUUGAUGAGAGAAACCAAGCACUGACUCUACUUGGCUGGGUGGUAACUGCUAAGCGACCCCUAACGUGGCCGGAGAUACAGGGUGCCAUAUCCAUCGAUACCGAACAGCAAAUCGUCGACUUUGAGCAGAGAUCUCUCGUGGUAGAUAUCGGAGAGCUCUGUGGGUCAUUGGUCGAAAGGCUUGCCGGAAAUCGAAUCGAACUAAUCCAUACUACAGCAAAGAUCUUUCUCAUGCAAGACAAUCAUAUCCGAAUAUCAAAGGUUGAAGAACAGCUCGCAUCCUUAUGUUUGAAUUACCUCACUUUUCCCGGAUUCAAGGUAGAAGAGGACAAUGAGAUCUGUCAAUUUCUUAAGGCUGGAUUCUACGCUUUUCAUGAUUACGCCAUGCUUCACUGGGUCGAUCAUUUAGAAUCCUUCUUGGGAAGCCUGCAAGAAGACGAUAUGGAGGACCUAGACAAUAUAGCACCUGUUUGUGAGGAAUUCUCUGCAGAUUUCAGCACAGAAGGUAUGAAAAGUAUAUCUGAAGUAGCAGUCCAGGCUCUAAGAGACAGGUAUAAAGCUGCAGCACAUCAAGCAAGUUUCGACACAUUCCUGGCACUCAUUGCUCACGCGCGGGGUUCUCGAGAGAAAAAUGCCUCUUUUGACGGGUUGGGAAGCCUCGGCAGCACUAUGAAUGUGGUCAGACGUAACCUGGAAUGUCUGAUAACCACUCAAGAUUCAGCCUCCGUUCAGAGACUUUGUACAUUUUACGGCAACUCGAUGUUCAAAUGCCCGCAGCAUAUAUGCUACUAUUUCCACGAAGGUUUCGUGGACUCAAAUUCGAGACAAAAACAUAUUCAACGCCACGACAGACCAUAUUGUUGCACGUACGAGGGAUGCAGUAGGGUUCAGACUGGGUUCCCAUCCCUUUUAGAGUUGCAAAGGCACCACAAGAAGAACCACACCAUCCCCAAUUUCCCAAAGCCAAGAGAGAAAAAGGCUGAGCGUCGAGGGAAGACUAUUUGGAAGUGCGAAGAAUGUUCCAAGGUCUUUUCGAGAGGAACCACGCUUCGUGAGCACAUUCGGACGCAUACAGGCGAACGCCCUUUCUCUUGUAAGCUCUGCAAGCUGAAAUUUGCAAGGAUCAAGGACCAUCGUAGGCACGAAGACUCGCACGAUGGUGAGAAGAAGUACUGCUGCAGGGGGACUUUAGAAUCAGGUGGCCAUUGGGGCUGUGGGAGGGAAUUCUCUAGAGCGGAUGCUCUGGCAAGGCACUUCACCUCGGCGCUUGGCCAGCAGUGCCUCGAACCGGUCGUUGUCGAGGAGAAAGCUCGGAGUGUGGUCAACGACGACAGUGACAAGUCAAGUGUUCCAAAAGUGUCGCCUGAUUUGGCAAUGGUUGCGGAGGACGGGUCUGAGCACGGUAUACCCAGCACGCUCUUGACUCAAUUCCCAGAAUUUGUAGAUUGGGAUUGGGAUUGGGAUAUGUUUGUUGUUCAGGAGCCGGACCAAGAUGGUUCUCUUGAAGCUUGA